AUGAUAGUCAUAUCUCAUCCUAACUCCAUGACUCUGACAAAGUUUGCUUUGUCAAUCAGCCUUUUAGAGAAGUUGGUAUAUUCCACGGGGAAAAUAGCUGAAAUUUAUUACGGGGAUCUUGGAGAUGAAACUGUAGUUCCUAAAAAUCAGUUCCUAAAAAUGGUUACAGCAACCCAUUCCAACUGCAUCAUUAAAAAGGAGCAAGAGACUUGUCUGGAGAAGAUACGGAGGGCGGCUGCCCUGAACCCUCUCAAUGACUCUUCUCCAGGUUGCCCAGGAAUGUGGGACAAUAUUACAUGCUGGAAACCUGCAAGUGUGGGUGAAAUUGUCUUUGUCAAGUGUCCUGCACUGUUCAGAUUUAUCAUUUCUGAAGACGGUUGGGAAGUAGAUAACUUGGGGCAAACCCAUGCAGGUGAUUAUGACCUGCUGGAAAGCACAGCCCAGUCUCCCCUAGGGGACAUCAGCAGAAAUUGCACUGAAGAUGGCUGGUCUGAACCUUUUCCUCAUUAUUAUGAUGCCUGCGGCUUUGAUGAAAAUGAAACAGAGUCCGAUAACCAGGAUUAUUACUAUCUGUCUGUGAAGGCUCUGUACACGGUGGGAUACAGCACUUCUCUUGUUUCCCUCACCACCGCCAUGGUUAUCCUGUGUCGUUUCAGGAAGCUUCACUGCACUCGAAAUUUUAUCCACAUGAAUCUCUUUGUUUCAUUCAUCCUACGUGCAAUAUCUGUAUUCAUUAAAGAUGGGGUUCUUUAUGCUGAACAGGAUGGCAACCACUGUUUUAUCUCAACGGUGGAAUGCAAAGCAGUGAUGGUGUUUUUUCACUACUGUGUCAUGUCCAACUACUUCUGGCUUUUCAUUGAGGGAUUGUACCUUUUCACGUUAUUGGUAGAAACCUUUUUCCCAGAGAGGAGAUACUUCUACUGGUACACUAUUAUUGGCUGGGGUACCCCAACAAUUUGUGUCACUGUCUGGGCAGUGCUAAGACUUCACUUUGAUGAUACUGGCUGCUGGGACAUGAAUGACAACACUGCCUUGUGGUGGGUGAUCAAGGGUCCUGUGGUUGGAUCAAUCAUGAUAAACUUUGUGCUUUUUAUUGGCAUAAUUGUGAUACUUGUGCAGAAACUCCAGUCACCUGAUAUCGGGGGCAAUGAAUCCAGCAUUUACUUCACCCUCCCUCUUCCUCCCAGAUGCAGCUGCAGUCCAUGCACAGGACACAUGCGCAGCUGCGUUCAGAAAUGCUACUGUAAGCCUAAGAGGGCUAACCAGCACUCUUGCAAGAUGUCAGAACUAUCAACCAUUACCCUGAGACUGGCUCGCUCUACACUACUGCUUAUCCCCUUGUUUGGAAUUCACUACACGGUGUUUGCUUUUUCUCCUGAAAAUGUCAGUAAGCGGGAGAGACUAGUGUUUGAAUUGGGACUGGGAUCUUUCCAGGGUUUUGUUGUUGCUGUUCUCUAUUGUUUCUUGAAUGGGGAGUUUCUCCCUAAAGGUGCAAUCAGAAAUAAAGAGAAAAUGGAGGAGCUGGAAAGUCAACCGGUAUUUUGCUGUGGAUUUCAAACAUCGUCAUCCUUCUCUAGCGAGCAGCGGAGUGAACGGGGGGACACAACUCUCCAUUCUGAGCAAGAGCAGCUCUCAGAUUCGGAUGUCCAGCAUAAAUGCGGAGAACCUAGCGACAUGAGCAGCUAA